AUGGCAGUUCGGGCUGCUUCCUUGGCUUUGCUGCUGGGCAUGGGUCAGGCCCUCACCUGCCCGUGGGAAGAGUUGUGGGAGUGGGUAGGCGUGUACCAUGUGCACGAGGGUGGCCACUUGCUGUGGAGCAGUGAGAAGAAGGGCGGUGCCUAUGCCAACGCCACUAUGAAACUGGUCAUUCGCAAAGCUUGGCACGCAGAUGUUUCAGGAAUCCGUGAGCAAGAAGGGGCAGCCGCCACAGCGUGGGCAGGCACAUUCAUCCAGGCGACCACCAACACCGUCCUGCGGCCGAACAACGCAUACGUCCUCAACUUCGACGUCGACUCUUGGGUCAGCGUCUUCAAGAUCGAGGCGGAGGCGGAGACUAACCUCGCGUUCUUCGCCGAGCACCUUCCCACGGAGUUCGCAGACAGACUCGAGAAGUUCCUGAUCAACGAGGAGGGCGAGGACAUGACUGCUGCGGCAGACCAGUCCGCAGCAUCUUGCUCUGUUGAGCCAUUCGAGUCCGGUGGGAUUGGAGAGGUGCUCGCAGCUUCCUUCCUUGCAUGUGUGCCGACUCUUAUGGGGAUUGGCCUGCUGUGCUGUGCUUGCAAGGGCAGGUUGAGCGAGAAGGUCAGCACCAUCAUCCACUUUGUCAACGCCGCGGCGUCCGGGGUGUUGUUUGGGGCUGCCCUCUUCCUGCUUCUUCCAGAGGCCCACCACAUGCUCGGUGCCUCCUUCAGCGGCGAGGCGGCUGCUGCAGCAUAUUGGGGCUCCAUGAUCAUCCUGGGCUGGGUCUUGGGUGCCACAACCCACCACAUUGGCGGAGUGGUCGAGCUCCUGGGGUGCUGCGGAGGGCGCGCGGCGCCGCAAACCGCGGCCGAUGAGGUGAAAGAGGUGAAGGAGGAAGGGCUGGAGGAGAAGCCGCUGAAGAGCGAUUGGGCCGUCGCUGCGCCGGUGAUCUUGGGGGACUUGUUCCACAACCUGGCUGACGGCAUGCUGAUCGGGGCCGCCUUUCGUGCCUGCGGCUCCAGCUUCGGCUGGAAGUUGGUGUUGGCCAGCUUGGCACAUGAGGUCCCGCAAGAGAUGGCGGACUUCUUCGUCCUUGUACGAAAAGCCGGGCUGAAGUGGACCUGGGCCACGCUCUUGAACUUCUUGAGUGGCUUGGGGGCUGUGCUCGGUGCGGUCAUCGCCUACUCGGCGCAGACCAGCAACGGCGUGCAGGGAUCCAUCAUGGCAGGAGGUGCAGGCGUCUUCCUCUUCGUGGCCGCCACAGAGCUGGGCCCAGCAGUGUCCCACCUCCGCAAAGACAGCAGCUCACCAUUGCUCAGCUCCUUGAUGACACUGCUGCUCUUCCUCCUUGGUGCCGCUGCCAUCGGCCUCGUCCUGCUUGACCACGAGCACUGCUAUGCCCCCUACCCCGGUGAAGCGGAAACCGGUGAUACCGGUUCGGGUGAAGAGGAUCUCCACAACGGGCACGCCCACAGGUGA